AUAAUAUUUAUUUUGCCAUUAUUUGAAGUGACUGCUCUUAAUUUAUGGCUUUCGGUGCCUGUAGCACAAUAUUUAGUUUUGAUUUCUCUGAUAAGUCGUGGAAUUCAAGAGAUAAACGAAAAUAUAACUUCAAUCGAAAUGUGGAAAUCGAACCGCACCAAUUGGAAACGGCUCAAAAAGGCUGCAGAACAAUUAACAAACACUUUGUAUGGUCCAACUAUUGUGAUAUUUAUAUUAAACUCGAUGUUGGAAUUAAUAUUUAUUAUCUACAUAGAAAUUAAGUUACUAAACACUAAAGCUUCACAAACUAAUAUCGUGAUUUAUGGAUUGGUGAUACCUAUUCGCUUCGCAAUAUUAGUUAAAAUAUUUCGAAAACCUCAUUUUUGCAAGCUAGAGGUAAAGAAUACUCAAAGAACUAUAAAUGAUUUACAAAUAAAUACAAUAUCAAAUUUGAAACAAGUAAAAUAUACUUUUUUGUACAUGUUACACACAGGAUUUCAACUAACUCCCUGUUGGAUAUUUGAGUUAUCAUAUAGGUACUUACUGACGGUAGUGGCAGCUAUAACAGCGUUUUUAUCAUUUCAAAUUCAAAUGAAGCUCCCCAUAUGAAUUCUACAACAACGGAUGUUACAUAUCUUCAAAUCAAAAGUGAAAUAUUUUGUGGAUACGAGUGCUAACUUUUAAAGUGUUGGUUUUAAAUUUAUUUUGCACAACAUUGGGUUUCGUCUAAAAAAACCUAACUAUCUGAACAGAAAAACUAUAGUUAUAAAACAAUAAAUUUAUCGUAAAAAAAUUAACAAUUGCUUUAGUCAUAGUUAAAACACAUUUUUUUUAUGAUUUAAAUAAAUAAAUGUGUUCAAUUUUAAUAAAAAUAAUUUUGGCAUUAUUUUAAUAAUAUUGUGUAAUACAA